AUGGAUGAAGUGGAAAAUCUGAUAGAGGAAUACAUUUCACCUGAACAAACCAUGCUUCGUUAUGGAAAAGAAAAAAAAAUAGAAUUAAUUUAUGAAAAAAAUAAAGAUAAAGAAGAAAAAAAAAUAAGAAACGAGAUACUAAAAAAGUUAGUUGAUUUCAUAGAAAAUGAUCCAAAAAAGGAUGUAGAUGAAACAAAUGAAAAAACAGAAAAUCAUGAAGAGAAUGACUGCACAUUCAGUGCAAUAACUACAAAUGUAGAGUGUAAAAAUGACAUGACCUGUUCAGAAAAAAAAAGGUUAAUUGAUCAGAAUAAAAAAAAUAAAAAGCUAAUUGACAUUAUUAUGUACUUAAAGAAAUACAAUUUUUGCAAUGAAAAUAUAAAAAGAGGGACAUCGGUAAAUUUAAUAUCUCAAUUAUUUGAAGAAAUUGAUUUUAUAGAAUUAGAAAUAGAAUAUUUUAGAGCUAUAAUUAAUUUUUUUAUUAAAAAAAUUGAAGAUUGGCAUUGUAUAAAUGGUGUUUUGAAUUUUUUUUUAAUUAUUUUUGAGCGAUAUAAAAAGAAAUUAGAAGAAAUGCGAUAUUAUGAUGAGAUUACAGAAGAAUAUAAGAAAUUAUUUAUUUCAAAAAAUAAAAAGGAAAAAAAUAAUAUGAGUAACAAUGACAAUACCGAUGAUAAAAAUAAAAUAAUAGGUAGCGAAAAUGAAGAAAUAAAUGAAAAUGUAAUAUCAAAUUAUUACAGUAAUUAUAAUAGUGAAAAUGAAAGUAAUGAAUCUUGGAGAAGUAGCUAUAACAAUUAUCAUGAAAAAUAUAAUAGACGAAAUAAUGAUUUUGAAGAAUUCGAAAAUGAAGAAGAAUCAGAAGAUGAAAAAAUUAAAGAAAAUAAUAUUUGUAUUGUUUAUAAAAUUAUGAAAACAAUAUUCAAGCAUAUAUUUGCACCGAGUUAUUUACAAAUAGUAAGAUUAAAAUAUUAUAAAAUAAUUUUAAUAUCAUUAGAACAUUUUAAAAAUGAAAUAACAAAUAUUCCAAACUUUAUUAAUAAAAUUCAAGUACAAUUAGAAGGGGAAUCAGAUCCUAGAAAUAUUUUAUUCUUAUUUGAAAUCAUAUAUAUAUUAUGCAAUAAAUAUAUAUUACCUCUUAGCGAAAAUUCGCCUAUGAUAAAUAUUUAUGACGAUUUUGAGAAUAAAGAUGAUGAAAAAGAACAAUAUAAUAGUAUAUUUUCAUGGAAAAAAGAAAAUGAAUAUUUAAAAUCAUUAAUUGAUAUAGCAUUUUAUUACUUUCCUAUUGAAUUCAUUAACACAGAUGGACGAUAUGAUUUUGUAAGUGAAGAAGAUUUACAAAAAUCUUUUAUAAAAUGUUUAAAAUCUAACAAAAGAUUAGGAAGUUAUAUAAUUGUGAAUAUAUUAGACCACUUUUAUAAUUCUGAAAAUGAAGAAAUUAGUGAAAAAAAUUUAAAAAACAUUUUAACAACUUUAAAGAUAUGUGUUCCAUUUUAUGGAUUAGAUUGUUGCUCUCAAUAUAUAACAACUGUUUUAGGAUUAAUUGAAUUAGAAUGUAUCGAAAAUAAUAAUGAUGAAAAUAUGACUAACUAUUUGAUUGAAAUUCUUUUAAUAUUUAUAAAUUUAUUAAACAAGGAAAAUAAUAAUAAAAAAAAAUAUAAUUUAUAUAAUAAAUAUUUUAUAAACAUUUUUAAGAAAUUUCAAACAUAUGUAAUAUUACAUAGAUGUAUGUAUGAAGGAAUAGAUUCUGAUAUAUCAAGUUUUGUGAAUUUAGAAAAAAACGACAUAUUUUCAAACAUUGAUAGUAAGGAAUAUAUAAAUAGUUUUUUCCUUAAAAAUAAAAAUGAAGAGGAAGAUAACGAGCAAAUAUCCGAAUCUGAUAAUGAGUUACAAAUCGAAAAGGAAAAAAUAAAAGUGCCUAAAAUGUUCGAUAUAUUUUCUAAUAAUAUUCAUGAUAAUGAUUUAUCAUAUGAAUGGGACGUUUCAGAAGGUUACCAAAACAUUGAAAGCGGUGAAGAAUAUGAAAAAGAUGAGUGCGAAAAAAAUGGAGAAAAAAGUAGCGACAAAGAUAGCGAAAAAAGUAGCGACAAAGAUAGCGAAAAAAGUAGCGACAAAAAUAGCGACAAAAAUAGCGACAAAAAUAGCGACAAAAAUAUCUUAUCGAUAUUAAAAGAAAAGAAUGAAAUUGACAAAAUAAAUGAACAAAAGGAUAAAGAAAAGAAAAAGAAUAAAAUAAAAGUAGACAAGUUUCAUGUAAUUGAAAAAAUAUUAACACAUAUAGCAAGUAGCAACAUAUACAUUUGUUUGUUAACCCUAAAAUUAAUAAUAGUACCAAUGAUAAAAGAAUGUUAUUGUAUGAUUAAGAUUUUGAAUCUUCAAAAUAAUAAUAAUAAAGAUAAAGAAAAAAUAUGGAACUUAUUUGUAAUAUAUGUAAAUUUUGCAAAUAAUUUGAUAGAAAAAAGUAUAAAAAUUGAUGACAUUGGGGCACUAAGAAUUAGUUUUAUAUAUGAAAUAUAUAUACUGAUAAAAAUAUUUAAUGAUGGAAAAAAUGAUAUAUUUUAUAAUUACCAUAAUUCUGGAUUGCAAAUUUUUAAUAUUUUUUCUAAUUUUUUAUGUAUACACUAUUUUGAGGAUAAUAAAAAUCAGGAAAAGAAACAAAUUAACUAUUUUUCAGAGGAAAUAAAAACAGUAAAUGAUUACAAACAAAUUGAUAAUUGGGAAUAUUUAUUGUUUUAUAAAUCACUUUUAUCUUUUUUCUAUAUCAUUGAAUUCCAUCCUUUUAAAGUUAAAAACCAAAUUGUGUUGUUUUAUAAAGGAAAAGAAAAGAAGGAUAAACAUGAAGAAAUAAAUAUGAAUAGUUUUGAAUUUAUUGAUAUAUGGAGAAAAGGAAUAAUUAAAGAGCAUAUAAAUUAUGUUAAUGAUAUUAAAGAAAAUAAUGAAAAAAUAUUAAAUCAGAAUAAAAAUUAUAAAAAAAAUGAUUUAUUUUAUUUUUUAAUUUUAAUAAAUAAAAUAAUUAAAUAUAAAUAUAAACAUAUACAAAAUUAUAUUCAUUUUAUUUUAUUUAAUUUGUCUUUUUUUAUUAUAAAGUUAUAUUAUUCUGAAAAUAAAAAUUAUAAAAAUUAUUUAAAUUUAUUAACAUUUUUUUAUGAUGUUAACAUAAGUUAUAUAAUUUUUCUAAUAACCAAUAUAUAUUCAUUUGUUUUGAAAUAUUUUUAUAAUUAUGUAAAUACAAUAAAAAAUACUUUUCUAAAAGUUCAUAAAACAGAUACUAUACAUGAUAUUUCACAAAAUUUGAUAAAUACCGAUUUAAAAGAAAACGACAUCUUUUAUAAUUCCCCAAAACAUGACUCAAAUAAUGAAGAAUUUUUCUGUUUUUAUUCGACUAGUUCAGACAAAAAAGUCAAAAAAAAUAAUGCAGAUAUUUCUGAAAAAAUAUUUCCAAAACAUUCAGAAUCUUCACAAUCGAUUAAAAAAUUUAAGAAUUUUAUUAAAGAAUGUGAAAAAACUAAUAAUAAUAUAUUUUUCAAACAAAGUAUGUUUAAAUAUGGUUCUAAAUUGAUUCCAAAUUUAUUUUAUGAAAUAGAAAAUAAGAUGAACAAUAUAAAUGAAAGAAUUGAAUUUAAUCAAAUAAAAAUUAUAAUAAAUGAAAAAAUAAAAAAAGAUGAUAUUAUUCCUUUUUAUUUUUCUUUUCUUCUCUAUAUAUGUUAUUUUUAUACACAUUGUCUUUAUGAAAAAAAUGGUGUAAAUAUCGAAACAAUAAAAAAUUUUAAAGAAAAAAAAAAUGAAGUUUGUAAUCAAAUAAGAAACAUUUAUGAAGAUAAAGAUGAAUUGUAUAGCUUCUACAUGUAUGUAAACAUUUUUGAAAUAGUUGAAUUAUGUAUAAAAUAUAUAUAUGAAGAAAAAAUAAUAAGAUAUAUAUUUAUAGAUACACUUAAUAAUAAUAAAAAAUUGUAUAAUCAUUCUAAUAAAUAUGGAUGUAUAAAUUUGAUUAAUGAUAAUGACGAUUUAUAUUAUUAUUCAACUUAUAUAAAUGCUUUAACAAAUUUUAUAAAAUUAAAUGAAAUUAAAAAUGUAAAAAUUAUUAAUAUUAUUAUAAGCAUGGUUAAGGAUGAUCAAAAUAAUGAUUUAAAAGCUUGUAUUUUGAGUUUUUUAAAUAAAUUUUUUUUUUUUACGAAUAUAUUAAAUAUCGAAAUAAACUCAUUUUUAUAUCUAUUAAUUGAAAUAGUAUUAAUGUGUAAUAUGAAUUAUAGACAUAAUAAAGAUGAUAUUAUUUGCAAUCAAAAUCUUCAAAAUCUUAAAAAAAAUCAAAUAUUAUUAACUUAUUUGUAUAAUAAGGCAAAAAAGUGGAUUAAUCACAUUUUUAUUUUCCUUAAUCAGGAUCAAAAAACAGAAUUUUUAAAAAACAUGAUUAUGAUUUCUGUAAAUUCAAAUGGAUUAACUAAAGAGAAAUAUGAUAAAAUACCUAUACAAGAUAAUUAUAUUUUUAUUGAAAAACAUAAAAAUUUAUUACUGAAAAAUUGUCCAACUCUUUUAUUAUUUAUUCCUUAUUUGUUAUCAUCUCAUAUAUAUAUAGAGGAAGAAUAUGCUAACUUGCUUUUAAAAUUGUGUAUAUAUAUAUUUUUUUUUAAUAUAUAUAAAGAAAGUUCUGGAAAUAAGAAUGAAGAAAUCUUAAAUAAUGAUGGAAUGGAACUUAUAAAGGAACCAAUUGAAAAUAUCACCAUUUUAAAGAAAUAUAAAAUUGAGAAUAGUUCUACAUAUUUAAAAGAUGAUAUUCAAAAUAUAAAAAAAAAUUUAAAUAAAAUAAAUUCUGAAUUAUUUAAAAAUUUAUAUAAAUGCAGUUUAACAAUUAUAUCAGUUAUACUUGCACACAGUUAUAUAAAUAAAGAGGAUGCUUUAAACUUUAUUUAUCAAUAUUUUGAUGAAAUAAAAUAUUUAAAUUUAUCUACAAAAAGUUCGUUACUUUAUAAAAAUAUUAUUGAUCAAUUUACAGAAAUUUAUAAAUCAUUUAUACAUAUUAAAAAAGGUGUAAAAUCAUAUGAACAUAAUAAUAAUUUUUUUAUUUUUUUGUCUAAAACCUUUGAAGUGAAUUUUGAUCAAAAUUAUUAUCAAACUCAUGAUUUUAUAUUUUUUAUCUUUGAUCAAAUUUAUUUUAUUAAUAAUAAUAAUACAGAAAUAGAAACGUUAAAUUAUCAACAUAUUGAAAAUAUUGAUUAUGAGAUUCGUAUAAUUGGAUCAUCUUAUCUAAAAGCUGGUGAUAAGGGAAAGGAUAAAAUACUUGUGAAUAUAAGCACUGAUAAAAUAGAUGGCAAUAGUAAAACAUAUGGAAAUAUUAAAAUACGAUAUAAUUGGGAAUGCUUAGAACAAAUAAAAAGGGACCCUAAUAAAUCAAAUUCGUCUAAAACUUGUAUUAUUAGAUUAACAAAUUUGAAAAACAUAAUUUCAAAAAAAGACAAAAAUUGUACAAAUAUAAACUGCGACAGCUUUUUUUUGAAUUGCCAUUUUUUUUUUUCUAUUUAUCAAAUAUUUCAAACCUUUUAUGAUUUAACUUUUUAUAUUAAAAACAAUGAAAGAAAUAAUAUGGAAAUAGAUAUUAUGGAUGAAAAUCUUGAAAAUCUAUAUGAAAAUAUGAAUAACGAGCGUGAAAAAUAUACAUAUAUAAUUUUUUAUUUUCAUUAUAUUUCUUAUAUAUAUGAAAAAAUAUAUCACACUAUACAUAAUAUUGAUACAAACACAUUUUAUGAAGAACACAAUUAUAACAAAAUUUAUUUUAUAAAAAGCUUAGAAUUUUUUAAGCUUUAUAAAACUAUAUUAAUUAAUUUUAUAUACACAUUAUAUAAUUAUUUAUAUUUUAUUCAGAUAACAAAUAAAUAUAUUACUAUUACGGAAUUUUUAUUUAUACUUAACGAUUGGGAUAUAUCUAUAAAACAUUCUUUGUCGUAUAAUUUUAUAAAAGAAAAUGAAAAAAUUACAAAAUUUGUUAAUUAUUAUUGCUUAAAUGAUAAAAUAUAUCAAAAUCAUGAGUUGGAUACUAGUUCCUCUUUAUGGGCUUAUGAUGAUAAAGAGCGUAAAAAUUUAACUGAAAAUAAUAAAAAUAUUUUGCAAAAUUUGAGAUAUAAUAAAAAAGAGAAUCGUAAUAAAUAUAAUUGUAAAUAUAUUAGUCUUAUACAUAUAAUGUCUAUUUUUUUAUUAAACAUGACUAUCGAAGAAGUGCUAAAAAAUCACUACAAUGUUAUGAAAUUAUCGAUUUUAAAGGGAAUAAAUAAAGUUGCAAACUUUUUUAUUAACAAAUCAAGCUAUUUAUACAAUAAUAAAAGAUAUAUAAAUAAUGUUUUAAGGAAAAAUAUUAACAUAGUUAAGGAUAUAUUUUCAGAUACAAAUAAAACUUGCAAAAAUGAAGAAAAACGAAUUUUAGUGAAACAAAUUAUAUCAUUAAACAUAUUAUGUUGUUUGCGUUUACUAUAUCUUAUAUUUAAACUUUUAAAUUAUUUUUUAAAAUAUGAAAAUAUAAAUGAAAAUAUAAAUCUUGAACCUUGUGACGAUAAAAAAAAAAAAUCUUUAAAUAAUCAAUUGCAAUUUUUGUUAUCAUACAAAAAUAUAAUCAUUAAGUCAGUAAUGAAAAUAAUGAUUUCUGUUCCUUUUAGUUUAGUUAGAUAUAUUUGUGCUUGUAUUUUUUAUCUUCUUUCUUUUUAUAAUUAUCAAUCUUUUUUGCCAUAUUCCAUAAUCCAGGAUAUAAAUUGGAACUUAUCCGUAGCCUCAAACGACCCACAUAAAAACGUUCGAAAAAUCGUAAUGUUGUGCAGAUCGAGAUGGAUGUAA